CGAAAGAGCGUUACACAACGAGGAAACGUUUGGCUGCUAAGUGACCAACGCUGAUCCUGGGUCAGAAUAAACAAAUCGAAGUUUAGAAUGGCAACUGAGGGAGAACCGACAGACCUGGUGAAGGUGCUUCACCUGUUGAUCUUGGCGUUUACAUGGGGCAUGCAGGUGUGGGUGUCAUUUAUUGCAGGGUUUGUGUUGUUGUCCAAAGUCACUCUGCACACAUUUGGUUUAGUUCAGAGCAAACUCUUCCCUGUGUAUUUCUACUGCUUGCUGGGCAGUAACACAGUCAGCUUGGCCAUAUAUGCUGUCUACCAUCCCAGAGAACUGCUGAACUUGCAUGAGACUAUACAGAUGGCUCUGUUCUUCGUGGCUGUGGUCAUGGCAGGGUUGAAUGUGCAGUGGUUUACUCCAGCUGUCAUUGAGCACUCCCUGGUGAUGAGGGAGAUCGAGCAGGAACAUGGCCUUGGUGGUGAGAUCGGCUUUUCCACCAACAGGGAGUGCUACAUCAAACUCAGAGAGCACGAUCCAAAAUACAAGGCCCACAGGAAAAGCUUUUACCACUACCAUGGCUGGUCCAACCUGAGCAACCUCAUAGGCUUCGCCUGCAUCACCGUCAAUCUCAUCUACCUGGCACUUCAUCUGUCUUCAAUAUAAUGUUUUUGGCAAAAAACAUACAACCAGUUAGACUAUUGCUACAUGUAUGUAAGGUAAACGUAUUGCUACAUGUAUGUAAGGUAUGGAAAGGCAAAGCAGAACAAAUCUAAUUCAGUUUUGAACAGGAAUUCAGUGACCAUAGCAUAAAACUCUUACUGUGUAAAAUAUGAAUUUCUAAAUAAAUAAAAUUGUUAAGCCUAUUUCUAGGCAUUUUAAAAUGUUUAAUACCUAGAAACAAGCAAUAUAAUCUUCCUGUAGUAGAGUUUUAGAAUUUUACAUGAUGGCUUUAUAUUUGAUACAAAAUAAUCUCAUAAUGUAAAACGUGAUGGCUUUUAUUUUGCUCACAUGUAAUAAUUACACAUGCAAAGAUAAAAAAAUUUUUUUGGAGUGAAUCCUCCAGACCAAAAGGUGUUUUUUUUUUUUGUUUGUUUGUUUGUUUUGGGUUUUCUUGCGUGACUUCUCUCCUAUAUCCUGUAUACAUGAAAAUACAUGCAAACAUAAUUGUGCAGGUUCAGUAAUAACAGUUGGUAAAGUUAUCAUAAUUGUUUGUUUGAGGGGCUAAAUUUCAAUCUGUAUUAACUAGCAGCGCAUCAAAUCCAUGGCUGUAUGUUAGUUAUCUGGCUAAGCUAAACUACCUAACACACAGAAACACCAGAGAACAGGAGGUCCUGGCUAAAGCUAGUUAGCAAAGCAUUCAAAUCUCCUUUUCAUUUACAUCAGCUAUGGUGUACAUCCACCAAAUCCACCAGAAGCUUUGAGUAUUGUUACUGACCACGUGCAUCCCUUCAUGGGCACAGUUUACCACAACAUCUUGUGGAAUAUAUGAAAUGAAGAAUUUACUCUGUUUUGAGAAAUUAGUGAUGCACCACUCUAGUAUUAGUAUAGAGUUUCAUUUAAAGGCUUCAGUGGGUGUAAAUGUUUGUUAUACAUAUUGUUUUAGACAUGUCAUUUCUUUUAUCUACCCAUAUUGAGAAUUUUUAUACAGUUUUACUGUAUUGGGGGGUGGGGGUGUCCGAAAACCAGUCAGUAUCUGGUGUGAUCACCAUUUGCCUCAAAAACACGCAUGUUAUAAAUAUGGCCUAUAUUUCCUAGAAUAUAUAUACCUUCACACACUUAUGUAAUUGUUAUGUUUGUAAUGUGAAUGUGUAAAACCCUGUGCUCUGUCCAGCCGCUGAUCUCACCAUGUUUACUGUUUCAGAUGUACCGACUUUAUUGUGUGUGAUUCCACACAGUUUUAAAUCAUAAAACGACAUUGUUCUCUCACA